AUGGAUGUAGAGAGUGAAGUAUCUCCAGAGCAAUCCUUUGUAUAUUGUCUUGACAAGGAUCAUCUUUGGUGCAAGCAAUGGAUACAUAUGCGCAGAUUCUACUUCAACUUGAUGGAGAACUUGGCAGAGGCUAAUGAUGAGAUCAUUAACUUCAAGAACAAGGUUGAUACACAACUAUCACAAUGCUUCGAUUGCAUUAUUAGAUAUCACAAAGAGAAGAAGUUGAUGAGACAACAACUAUUGGAACAGUUCACAAAGGAUAGUGUUUGGUACUUGUUCGAGAUCAUUGGACGACAGGAUGAGGAUCGAGUCAGUGCCACACUAAAGAAGUUCAUUGACAAUCCAACCAAAGGCAAAGAUAGCAUCCUAUUCACAUUGCAUGAGAUCUUUCAUUAUCCAGACGUAUUGGAUAACAUGUCAAUACUUCCACUCUUUACAAAGGCGUUGUGCAUCAUCAUUGAGCAAUAUGACAUAUCAUUCCAGAACAAUGGCAACAAGGUGCCUGGACUAUAUAUCUUAUUGAUGUCUGAUCAAGGCACAUUGCGAAAGUGGGCCGCAGAGAACUUGUCACACAUUGGCAAGCUUACAACAAUGGAUGAAUUCCUGAUCAUCGAUCCAAUCUUUGAAAGAGUGUUCCAAUCACUCUAUUGUCAUCAGGAGCAGUCUCCCUACGAGUCAUAUAUCACAACCAAUAUGCAAGAGUACUGGGCUGGCUUGGACCUGUUCAUUCAGCAGUUUGAGCCAGAGCUACUAAAGACUGUCAUGGCCAGACCUUCAUAUGAGACAAUGCUCGACAUGUUAAUCAAUGAACUCAAGAUGGCCACUACGAACAUGUCGAUCCCACCAAGUUACUUCUUGGCCUUGACGACUGUAUUUGAUCGAAUGGGCUACGACGGUGCCACACAGAAGCUUAUGGGCAACAAGACAAUUCAAUCAUUGUUUCAAUUGAUCUGCGACUACUUUGAGAAGUCAAAGCAGAUCGACACUCAACAGAGCAUACUUCAGUCGUUCUCCAAUCUCAUCAUCAACCGCAAAGACGAGCCCUUUGAUGGUGCCCGCGAGGCUGUCAUCGAGUACUGUCUAGAGAGAUGCGCUACACCCGAUGCAGCCUUCUCCGACCUCAUCAAAACCAGCGCAUUCACAUUGGUAUUGGACUUCUUACACAAGUGCAUUGACACCAACCAACCAUUACCAAACAUUAAGGGAUUGGGCGAGAGACUUGUCCACUACUCACUACAACAACCGUAUUUCUCAGUGAUACCCGAUCAGAGUCGUAUUCAAACAUGCACUCAGAUAUUGGUUCACAUCCUUCUGGACAGUGCCGUUCAGCUACGCAUCAGGUUUCAACAGCACUACUACCGUUCACCUGCCAACAACAACACGAAUGGCAGUAUAGACUUCUGGUGUGGACAUCUUUGGGAGAUGCUGCUCAACACCAAUCCAAAAUCAAUCACACAUCCCCUGCACGAAGCUAUCUUCAAGGCACAUCGAAUCCUAGGCCUACUACCUGUCGACUCCAUCGACAAGUCGUCACAGAAUCAACCUCCAAUAUUCAACUGUUUAAAGAAAUUCUACGAAGAUAUAUCAAUAUAUUUAAAUGCAUAUACUCAGGCACAUCCAUUGAAGACACAACGACUACCAGGAGGCACAGCAGAGAACGCUGAUGUACUGGAAGGCGAGGAGUUUAGCAAGAGCAUCUUCUCAUUCGUUGUUUCUUCGGGGUCCAAUGUGAGACAGGUAUUCCAGAAGCUGUUGAUCAAGAGACAUCUCACAAGUGAGGAUGCUCAACCACCAACGAUCACCACGUCCUUGAAGCGAUCGAUCAAACACAAUGCAACACCAACACUUAAAGGCGUGCUUGGUGUGUUGCGAGACAUUCUGUUGGCGGUGGGCUCAACAAAGGUGGACAUGGACUCACUCAGACAGACGUAUUACUACUGUAAUCAUAUACUCUACCAGCUGAAGGACAACAUGCCCGAUCAUCUAUUCUUUGUGUCACUGCUCAUCGAUGCACUGUGGCCAAUUAUCAUGCUGCUGUUCUCAUCGCGCACGCUCAAGACCAGCGAGCUCAAGCCAGUAUUCACACUGAUGACCAACUCCAUCAGUAUUGUUGCAAGCGAGCGAUUCACCACGAUCACAUCGCCACCCUCGUUCAUUGUCAACUAUAUCAACAGUGGACAGCAGCUGUUUGACUCGCUCGACCUAUACCCAGCCUACAUCAAGAAUCAAUUACCUGCUGGCGCCACUCCAUCAUUCCUGCCAGUGUUUGAGUCGCUUGCCGACGACCUCUCAUUUUAUUACGCAGCUGGAAACAAACAGUCGAAUGGCAUUGCGCCUCCAAUCAUUAGCAUCAUUGGAUUCCAACAAGGAUGGGUCGAUCAAUAUCUCUAUUAUUCCAAAGAGCUUACACCUGAAUGGUUCAAUUGCUUCCUCCUCAUAUUGAAAGAGCUUCAGAGGUCAAAGGUAGAUAUACAUGCAUCAUUCAGGAGCAAGAUCAAAGAGCUACUAGAGCCUACGAGUGUGCUCAACGACAGCCAGAGAGGUCAUCUUAUGAAAUACAAGGACCACAAUUCUGUUGCUACCGAGACAAAGGUACCCAAUCCUACAGUUGCGGUUGGUACUCCACCUAGGAGUACCUCAGCCAGCCCAUCACCAACGCUACCCACAUCCUCAACCACUACGACAACAGUGGCAUCUGGCGGAUCAGGGUCAAUCACGGCACAGUCUACAAAGCCAACUGCCAAGAAGUUGGAUUGCUCGCUGGGCCUAUCAUGUCCCAAGAUCAACAACCCUGAUCAUCAACUGCGUUUCCAACACUCCAACGCCAAUAUACAGAUGGGUAACCCCAAGCUGAAUGUCUCAUCGAUGGCACAGUUCCUUAAUCGUCCCAAAGGAGUCAACAUUGAGGGUAAGAACUACGAUCAGUUCCUGGAGAAGACAUUCGAUCCAUUCGACCAGCCACUGGCCAAGCCCAUCGCGCUUGCCGAAAAGAAGAAGACCAAGGUGCUGGACAUCAAGACGACGCAGACAGGUCUCGAGAAGAAGAUUGAGCAGAAUCGUUUGGCACAGACACAGAUCAAGUUGCCCAAGGUAGACUCUUUGCACAAGAUCAUUCUCAAGUGGAACGCAAACAGUCUUGUUGAGAAGGAGACCAACCUCAAGUCUGUCCCAACGUCUUUUAUCAGCGACGUGGACUACAUACAGAUAUUUGAGCCCUUGCUACUGGAGGAAUUCAAGAGCCAACUUCUCAAGAGCAUUGAGGAGGUGGAUGCUGUCACCACUGUCAAGCUUGAAGAUGUCUCUUGUCAAGGUGACUUCCAGAUCGCCGUCUUCCAGAUGGACAGCGAGGAAGAUGACUUUUUCGAGAACGACCUCAUCCAGCUAUCCCAAGAUGCCUCCAGUGACAAGUAUGAAGCAUUUGGAAAGAUAGAGAGCAAGACGAGAAAGGAUCGAAAGGAGCACAACUUGAAGCUCUUGACAAUCAAGUUCUGUGAGUUGGACACGAGGAUGAGCAAUAUGUUCAAGCACAUGAAGAAGGGCUCAAUGUGGAAUAUAAAGAAACUGUCGUCACUACAUACUAUCAGCAGAGAGUACAUUGCACUGCAUAUGAUUCAACAUGUACCAUUGGGCAAGUUCAUCAUCUCACCUGGACCCUCGAUCGCAACAUCAAAGGACAUUGCUGCCGCUGGUUUCAUUCCACUCGUGUUAAAGGAGCGACUCUCAAACGACUUGAACAGCUCACAGUUGAAGGCCAUCGAGCAAUCAAUCUCCAAUCCUCAAGGCAUCACUCUGCUACAGGGUCCACCUGGUACAGGCAAGACAAAGACAAUCAUGGCACUGCUAUCUGCGUUCCUCAGCCUAGACUUUGGUUCAAAGAAACCUGCAGGACUCGACAAGAUCCUUGUGUGUGCACCAUCGAAUGCAGCCAUCGAUGAGAUUGCAAUGAGAAUACUUGGAAGCAAUGUAUAUAAUGCCAAUGGUUUACCUUUUGUUCCAUCAGCAAUUAGAAUCGGUCAUCCAAGUCAGAUCAAUCCCAAGGUGGAGUCCAUAUCGUUGGACUUUAUGCUAAACAAGGAGAUUCUGAAGAGUGGAAAUGACAAGAAGCAGGUGGACGUUGACAAGCCAAACGGAAGCAGUAGCAGCAAUGGUGAAUCAUCAAAGUCUGAGGCGAAGCUACCAAUGGCUGAGCUUCAAGAGAAGCAUAGGAAGGGGUUGCUUAGACAGUGCAAUAUUGUUCUCUCAACACUCUCGGGCAGUGGCACAGAGUGGUUAGGUCGAGCCAUUAAGGAGUUUGACUUGGUCAUCAUUGACGAGGCGGCCCAAGCCGUUGAGCUAUCCACACUCAUACCACUCAGGUUCAAUGUCAACAAGUGCAUCAUGGUCGGUGAUCCAAACCAGUUGCCACCUACGGUUAUCUCUCGUCUGGCAUCGCAGUACCAAUACGAGUCCAGUCUCUUCCAGCGUCUUGUCAAAUGUGGUGUUCAGCAGCACGUCCUGUCGGUGCAGUAUCGUAUGCAUCCAGCCAUCUCCAGGUUCCCUUCGAAGCACUUCUACAUGGAUGCACUGGAGGAUGGUCGCAAUGUGCAGAGCUACAAAGAGGAUUACUAUCGCGAUCCUCGCUUUGGCCCAUUCGUCUUUUACGACAUCACUGACAGUUUGGAGGAGAGCGGUCCAGGCUUCUCACUCAAGAACAGACUGGAGGCCAAGCUCGUUAGCGUAUUCAUCAGCAACCUCUACGAACAGUUCCCCAGCGCCAAGAACAAGAGCAUCGGUGUCAUCACACCCUACAAGCAGCAGACGCGAGAGAUUCAGUCACGUGUGUCACACUUCCCCAAUGUACAGGUCAACACAGUGGAUGCCUUCCAGGGCUGUGAGAACGACAUCAUCAUAUUCUCAUGUGUCAGAGCACACGCUGGCAAAACAAUUGGUUUCUUGUCGGACAUCAGGCGUAUGAACGUCGGUCUGACACGUGCGCGACACUCCCUCAUUAUCAUGGGCCACUCAAGUCUCCUCAAGUGCAACUCCACAUGGGGAGCACUCAUUGAUCAUGCCAAGAAUGUUAAGAAUGGAUACUACUCAAUCAAUGCAAGGGCCAUUGGCAAGGGAAUACUCCCAGACAAGGAUAGCUCUUCCUCUUCCUCAUCCUCAUCUUCAUCAUCAUCAUCACGUGGGUCAGUUUGGGAAGGUGGCGACCUGAGGAAUGUGAUCAAUGAGAGCAAGAGCAGCAGCAAGAGCAGUAGUAGUAAGCCUAGCGAGGGCGAUUUGAGGAAUGUGAUCAAUGAGAGCAAGAAUAGCAAGAGCGGCAGCAGCAGCAGUGAUAGUAACAAGAGGAAGUAUAGAGAAGAGGAAUCCAUACCAGAUCCAUCACAACUGGAUCCAAGAGACCUGCGAUUAACCCUGCAAUCAAAUAAAGCAGUCAAGAGAUAG